AUGGCAGUAGAGCCAGCGUUCUUUGAUCUUCUUAAUGUGAAUGAUCCUUACUGUCCAUCUUUCUUAUACCAAAAUGAAUCAGAAGAUGAGAUUUUGCUAGCUUUGUUAGAUGCUGAGUUUGCUGAAGAAUUGCAGUUCCAAGAGGCUUUAAAGGCUUCUUUGAUCAGUUGUCAGAUGCCAAGCAAUGUGUCGUCUUCAACUCCAUCCAAGACCAAUAUGGAAGCCAUUUCAGGACACAAGAUCGAACCGUCACCGCAAGUGCUAGAAAAGGGUGAAUCAUCUCUAAGUUCCAGUGACCUUAGCCUGGAAAAGAAAGAAUAUGAUCAGAUCAUAAAAAAUGAGAGCUCUCGUCAGAUAUUUUGCUUAGGCUGCAGCAACACUAUCGAACAGUCGAAAAAACAACCAGUCAGUCAUGGUGCAGAAAGGAUUAUUAGUCUCAAUUCAGCACAUGAUGGCUAUAGGAAAAUGGCUGAAAUCAUUGCUGCAAAACAGGAGACUAUUCCACAGAGUCCCAAUGCUAACGCCCAGGAAGAUAAAGGUGUGGAUCAGAAUUCAGACAUUCCACUUAAUGUUAAUUUUGAAUCGCCGGUUGGCAGAGGAAAUGGAGGCCCACGACCAACCUCCAGAUAUUUCAGGAACAUUGCUGCACAAUCUGUAGAAUGCCUACCUGUGGGACAAAUAAGGAAUGGGCGAGGAGGUUUUGAUUCUAGUUCUACUCCGAGAAAGGAUUCGGAAGCUGGCCAAGAAAGAGUUGCAAAUGAUAUUCAGAAUAAUGUUACUGCUGCUCUUGACGAUCAUGAUGACUCUGACGUUUUGGAUGACAACAAGAAGAGCAGAUUGUUCAAGGAAUUGGCACCUGAGGAUGUCAAUGAACCUACGGUGCAGUUAUACUAUCCUGUAUGCCAAGCUGUUUCUGGUGCCACCAAAUGUUACCAAGGCCUGCAGGCCUUGAUAUCACAUGCCAAAACCACAGGAGGAAAAGGGGCCAAAUUCCAUGGGGAAUUCGCACAGCUGUUGGAAGAGUCGUUUAGAAGUAAGGGAACUUCUGACAGUCCUGCUGGUGAAGUGUUGAGUAAAUGGAAAGGUCUAAAAGAUGAGAAGAAAGAUCAUGAGAUUGUUUGGCCUCCAAUGGUUGUUGUCUGGAAUACAAAAAGCCGUGAAAAAGAUGAGAAAAAUAAGUGGGUUGGCAUGACAAAUCAAGAACUGCUUGACAAGUUCAGCUCAUAUGAUGCUAUUGAGAAGGCUCAACAAGCAUACAAUUCGCGUGGACAUUGCGGGAUGAGUAUUUUGAUUUUUGAGAGCUCAGCAAGAGGCUAUUUAGAGGCAGAGCGCCUCGAUAAACAUUUUGCAGAUCAAGGAACUGGUAGAAAGGUUUGGAAUAAAAGUCCAGUCUACCUCCUACCAAGCGGGGAGCACCAACUUCACGGUUACAUGGCAGAGAAAGAAGAUGUGGAUCACUUCAACAAGUAUUCAAGAGGCAAGCUGAAAUAUGAAAUCAGAUCAUACCAAGCGAUGGUUGUGAACCGAAUCAGGCAAAUGAGUGAGGACAAUCACCGGCUUAUAUGGCUGAACAACAGGGUAGCUGAACAAGAAAGACAAGCAAAACUUCUUGAAGAAUCAAAUGGCAUCAUGCUGAAGAGCCUGCAAGAGGCAAUGAAUGAAAUUAAGGUUUUGAGAGAGAGAAUCAAAUUGCCGCAUGAACAGAACAUAGAAGAGAUGGAUUUUCAAGAACAAUUUUCCAAGGACCAAAUGAAGAGUAUUCUUGAAGACAGAGAUAAAAAGGAAGGGGAUCUUGAGAGCCCAAAGGAGGAGGAGGAGCAUGAAAAUGCUCAUGAAUCGAAUGAAAGUCCUUCAAAUAUAAAGCAUGGAAAAUACAGAGUUAGGAAGUACUUAGCUAAUACAGGCAAGCUAGUAGAAGAACAAGGAGGACAAGACGGACGCAACAAAGAGGAAGAGGUAAAAGGAAGGAGGAUCUUGAUUGCCCAAAGGAGGAGUAGGAGCAUGAAUACGUUCAUGAAUCCAAUGGAAGUCCGUCAAAUCAACAGUGUCACAAAUACAGAGUUAGGAAGCGUAGCUGACAAGCUGAAACUCAUGGAGGAUUCCCUUGAAUUAGGAGGCACCAGCAGGACAAAGGUUAUACAAUGGCUUCAAGCUGCAUUCAUGAGGUUGAAGUCCUAA